GAUAAAUUAUCUGAAUUGAAUUAUAUAAACUGUAAAUGUAUUGGUAAAUCUUGUAUAGUGAUAGAAACAGGUGAUAUGAGGCUGCUGGUGGUUCUAAGUCUGGCAGCAGUAGCCGUACAUGGCGCCAAUGUGAGGCAGCAGCGUCGGUUCCCUGAUGACUUCCUCUUUGGAGCCGCUACAGCCGCCUACCAGAUCGAAGGAGCAUGGAAUGAAGAUGGCAAAGGAGAAAAUAUCUGGGAUCAUAUGAUCCACACUAAUCCAAGUGUCAUCAGAGACGUGACCAACGGUGACGUCGCUGCUGACUCCUACCACAACUACAAGCGUGAUGUCGAGAUGAUGAGGGAAUUAGGCCUGGAUGCUUACAGGUUCUCCCUCUCUUGGCCUCGGAUCCUCCCUACAGGCAUGGCCAAUGAGGUCAACCCAGCUGGCAUCACUUUUUACAACAACUAUAUCAAUGAAAUGUUGAAAUACAAUAUCACUCCGAUGGUAACCCUCUAUCAUUGGGAUCUUCCUCAAAAGCUGCAGGACUUGGGUGGUUUUGCUAACCCUGUCUUCAGCGAUUGGUUCGAAGACUACGCGAGGGUUGUCUUUGAGAACUUCGGAGACAGAGUCAAGAUGUUCAUCACUUUCAACGAGCCUAGAGAGAUCUGUUACCAGGGUUACGGAGGUGAUCUUAAGGCUCCCAUCUUAAACUCCACAGCCGUGGGAACAUAUUUGUGUGCAAAGCACCUGUUGAUAGGUCAUGCGAAGGCCUACCACCUGUACAAUAAGGAGUUUAAGCCAACUCAAGGUGGACAGUGCGGUAUUACCAUCAGUGUAAAUUGGUUUGGCCCAGCUACAGAUUCUGCUGAAGAUCAAAUGGCUGCUGAGAUCAAGAGACAAGCCGAGUGGGGUAUUUACGCACACCCUAUCUUCUCAUCCGAAGGAGGAUUUCCUAAAGAAUUCUCCGAAAGAGUUGCAGAGAAAAGUGCUAAGCAAGGAUACAGACGGUCUCGUCUCCCGGAGUUCACAGAAGAAGAGAAAGACUUUGUGAGAGGAUCAUCAGACUUUUUUGGAGUGAACCAUUACACUGCAAGACUGAUUUCUGCUACAUUAUACAAGGAGAUAGUCCCGGUGCCGUCACUCUUGGAUGAUAUGGAUGUUGGCCAUUAUGCGCCAGAUGACUGGGCUACAUCAGCUUCUUCUUGGCUUGUGUUGGCGCCAAACAGCAUUUUCAACGCACUAAAGCAUUUAAAAGAAAGGUACAACAACCCCAAUUUCUACGUGACUGAGAAUGGAUGGUCUACUUAUUAUGAAGCUGGUCUAAUUGAUGAAGACAGGAUCACCUACUAUAGGGCUUCGAUGGAGAGCCUCUUGAACUGCUUGGAUGAUGGCAUCAACCUCAAGGGUGAGCGGUUUGGCCUCUACGAGGUGGACUUCUCGGACCCUGCUCGCACGCGCACCCCCAGGAAGUCAGCGUUCGUGUACAAGCACAUCAUCAAACAUCGCGCCGUGGACUAUGAAUACGACCCAGAGAGCAUGACCAUGACUAUCGAUGAGGGACAUUGAUGACCAUUUUGUUGUUUUUAACUCAAUGAUUUUAUUAAACACUGUUUUAUAUUAAAAC